AUUUGAAGAAUCCAAAUUCAAAACGGCUAGCCGGAAGAGAGUGGAGGGUGUGUGCGUGGUUGUGGGCGAUUUUUAGUGUAAUGGGGGUAACUUCCUUUAAGCUUUUUACUUAGGAAUUCAAGGCAAAUACAGCCAACAGGUGCAUUGUAAGCACAGCUACAGCACCAUGAAUCGUGUUGAGGAUCUGGUUUUACAAUGGGUGAAUGUCCACAAGCUAGAAACUCCGGCGAAAAGUCUACGGGAGCUGCUGGAGCCCAGUGUGGCCCAUAUCAUUCUCAAGCCUUUUAACCUCAACUUCUGCACUGAUGAUGGCCAUAUCGUGGCAACGCUGGAGAAGUUCAUCAAUGGCCGGUUUCCGAAGCAGCCGAUCAACUUUGUGCGCGUGCGCGCCGGUCAGCAGGACGAACUGCUGCGGCUCGGUGUUGUGCUGCUCUAUCUGUCCUGUGUGCAGACGCGCAACCCUGGCCUCCAGCAGCGGCUCACCAAACUGCCCAACGCCGUACAGGAGGGUAUGCGUUUCGUGUUCGAGCGGCUGAUGAAGCGCGGGCAGGUGUCCCGUGACGACGUCACAGAUGUCAUCAACUCCGUCGCGGAGAUGGUGCGACUACCCACCGAGGCACUGCGCCGCCUCACCGCCUCGCCCGUGUCGCCGGCGGCUCCUUCACCGACGCUCUACUCUUACUCGCCGGGAAAGUCGCCCCUGCAGGCUAUGUUCGAUUCGCCCGUGCUGCAGGAGGUGAUCCGCCUGAGCCGUGCGCUCGACACCUCCGAGAAGGAAGUGAUAGCGCUGCGAGAGGCCAAGGCUCGCGCCGAGGACGAGACGGCCGAGGCACGCCUGGAGGCCGAACAGUACGCUCAACGCGUCGCCGACCAGCGGUCAAAGUCUGAGCAGCUGCGGGAGCGGCUCGAUGAGAAGCGUCAGGAGAUUGCCGAGCUCCAGGCUAAACUGGGCGACCACGGCCAGGUGCCGCUGACGGAGGAGCACCGGCGCCGACUCCGAGAGCACAAGUCACUGCUGAAGGAGAAUGAACAGCUCCGAUGUCAACUGUUGGACGCGACCACUGAACGGGACGACUUCAGCGCAAAGCUGGAGCGGGUGCGCGCCACCCAGCAGCGCUCUGUGCAGGAGACGCUGGCGCUGCAGCGCGCUCUGGCCGCCGCCGAGGUCAGCCAGGUGCAGCUGGUCGAACAGAACGACUCACUGACGGGCCGGCUGACGCAGCUGGAACACGAGCUGCUCAUCAGCAGCCAGAUGAUCCAUGAUCUGCAGGCGCGCCCGACCAGUGACGAAUCAAUGGACCAGUCGCUUCCCAGCCCGGCCGGCCCGGCCGCCGGAAACCUGGCUGCCGAGCUGGCGGUGGCUGAGAACGCCGACCUGCGGACACAGGCCGAACAGCUGGACCGGGAGCUGCGCGCGGCGCGCACCCAGACCCAGCAGCUGCAGGAGGCCGCCGAAAAACAGCAGGAGGCGCUGCGCACAGCGCGCGCAGAAACCCGCGAGAUCCAGACGCUACUCACGAGUGCCAAGUCUGAAGCUGAUUCUGCCCUGGAAGAGAAGGACAAAACUAUCGAGAACCUUCAGACCCUGCUUCAAAGUGCCAAGGCUGAGGCUCAUUCUGCUCUGGAGCAGAAGGAAGAGAGCAUCAAGAACGUUCAGGAUGCUUUGGAAAAGGCCGAGUAUGAGCUACAGUGUGCGCACCAACAAAGGGAAGAAGCCGUGCAGACACUCCAGCUGUCUCUUCAGAGUGCCAAAGCUGAGUUCGAAUCUGUCCUUGAGGAGAAGAAAAACAUCAUUCAGAACUUUGAGACCUCCCUGGAGUGUGCCAAGGCCGAGGCUCGGUCUGCCCUCGAACAGAAGGAACAGGUCAUUCAGGAUCUUCAGACUCGCCUCCAGAGUUCCCAGGCCGAGGCUCAUUCUGCGAUCGAGCAGAAAGGAGAGGAAAUCCGAGCUCUCCAAAGCUCACUGGAGUGCGCCAAGGCCGAGGCUCAGUCCGUUCUUGCUCUGAAGGAGGAGACGAUCCAGAAGCUUCAGGUCAUACUGGAUAAUGAAAAAGCUGAGGCCCUGUCUGCUCUCAAAGAGAAGGAUGAGGCUGUUCGAAACCUUCAAACAUUGCACCAGACCGCCAUGGCUGAGGCUCACUCUGCCCUGGAGCAGAAGGAAGAUAGUCUGAAGAACCUUCAGGUAGCAUUGAAAGCUGCCCAGGACGACGCCCAGACUGUUCUCAAACAGAAGGAAGAGGCCAUCAAGAAUCUUGAAGCUGCACUACAGAGUAUGGAGACUGAGACUCAGACUCUCCUUCAACGGAAAGAAAACGUCAUCCAGGACCUUGAGACGUCCCUGAAGAACGCGAAGGCGGAUGCUCAGUCCGCCCUGGAACAAAACGAAGAGGCAAUCCGGAAUCUCGAGUCCUCGCUCGAAAGUGCCAAGACUGAAAGUCAAUCUGUUGCUGAGAAGAAGGAAGAGGCCAUUCAGAAUAUGCAGACGUUACUAGAAAGUGUCAAGGCUGAAGCUCAGUCAGUUCUUGAAGAGAAAGAAAAGGCCAUCAAGAACCUUGAAACCUUGCUCGAGAGGUCCCGCACUGAAGUUCAGUCUGCCGAAGAGCAGAAGGAGGAGGUCAUCUGUAACCUGGAGGCAGCACUUGAGACUUCAAAGGCUGAGAUUCAGUCCGUCCUGGAGAAGAAACAAGAGGCCGUCCAGGAGCUUCAAGCCAACCUGGAAAAUGCCAAGAUUGAGGCUCAAUCUAACCUUGAGCAAAAGGAACAGGCUAUCCAGAACCUCGUGACCUCACUGGAGAGUGCGAAGUCUGAGGCACAGUCUGCUCUUGAAGAAAAAGACAGGGCUAUACAGAACCUUGAAACACUGCUGAAAACCUCCAAUGCUGAAACCCAUGCUGUCCUGGAGCAGAAAGAAGAGACGAUCCGGAAGCUUCAGGUCACACUGGCUAACGAAAAAGCUGAGGCCCUGUCUGCUCUCAAAGAGAAGGAUGAGGCUGUACGAAACCUUCAAGCAUUGCACCAGACCGCCAUGGCUGAGGCUCACUCUGUCCUAGAGCAGAAGGAAGAGAGCCUGAAAACCCUUCAGGUAGCAUUGAAAGCUGCCCAGGACGACGCCCAGACUGUUCUCAAACAGAAGGAAGAGGCCAUCAAGAAUCUUGAAGCUGCACUACAGAGUAUGGAGACUGAGACUCAGACUCUCCUUCAACGGAAAGAAAACGUCAUCCAGGACCUUGAGACGUCCCUGAAGAACGCGAAGGCGGAUGCUCAGUCCGCCCUGGAACAAAACGAAGAGACGAUCCGGAAUCUCGAGUCCUCGCUAGAAAGUGCUAAGACUGAAAGUCAAUCUGUUGCUGAGAAGAAGGAAGAGGCCAUUCAGAAUAUGCAGACGUUACUAGAAAGUGUCAAGGCUGAAGCUCAGUCAGUUCUUGAAGAGAAAGAAAAGGCCAUCAAGAACCUCGAAACCUUGCUCGAGAGGUCCCGCACUGAAGCUCAGUCUGCCCAAGAGCAGAAGGAGGAGGUCAUCCGUAACCUGGAGGCAGCACUUGAGACUUCAAAGGCUGAGAUUCAGUCUGUCCUGGAGAAGAAGCAAGAGGCCGUCCAGGAGCUUCAAGCCAGCCUGGAAAAUGCCAAGAUUGAGGCUCAAUCUAACCUUGAGCAAAAGGAACAGGCUAUCCAGAACCUCGUGACCUCACUGGAGAGUGCGAAGUCUGAGGCACAGUCUGCUCUUGAAGAAAAAGAUGGGGCUAUACAGAACCUUGAAACACUGCUGAAAACCUCCGAUGCUGAAACCCAUGCUGCCCUCGAGCAGAAAGAAGAGACGAUCCAGAAGCUUCAGGCUACACUGGAUAAUGAAAAAGCUGAGGCUCUGACUGUUCUAAAAGAGAAGGAUGAGGCGCUUCGAAACCUUCAAGCAUUGCACCAGACCGCCAUGGCUGAGGCUCACUCUGCCCUGGAGCAGAAGGAAGAGAGUCUGAAGAACCUUCAGGUAGCAUUGAAAGCUGCCCAGGACGACGCCCAGUCUGUUCUCAAACAGAAGGAAGAGGUCAUCGGGAAUCUUGAAGCUGCACAACAGAGUAUGGAGACUCAGACUCAGACUCUCCUUCAACGGAAAGAAAACGUCAUCCAGGACCUUGAGACGUCCCUGAAGAACGCGAAGGCGGAUGCUCAGUCCGCCCUGGAACAAAACGAAGAGACGAUCCGGAAUCUCGAGUCCUCGCUAGAAAGUGCUAAGACUGAAAGUCAAUCUGUUGCUGAGAAGAAGGAAGAGGCCAUUCAGAAUAUGCAGACGUUACUAGAAAGUGUCAAGGCUGAAGCUCAGUCAGUUCUUGAAGAGAAAGGAGAGGCCAUUAAGAAUCUGGAAACCUUGCUCGAGAGGUCCCGCACUGAAGCUCAGUCUGCCCAAGAGCAGAAGGAGGAGGUCAUCCGUAACCUGGAGGCAGCACUUGAGACUUCAAAGGCUGAGAUUCAGUCUGUCCUGGAGAAGAAGCAAGAGGCCGUCCAAGAGCUUCAAGCCAACCUGGAAAAUGCCAAGAUUGAGGCUCAAUCUAACCUUGAGCAAAAGGAACAGGCUAUCCAGAACCUCCUGGCCUCACUGGAGGGUGCGAAGUAUGAGGCACAGUCUGCUCUUGAAGAAAAAGACAGGGCUAUACAGAACCUCGAAACACUGCUGAAAACCUCCGAUGCUGAAACCCAUGCUGUCCUCGAGCAGAAAGAAGAGACGAUCCAGAAGCUUCAGGCUACACUGGAUAACGAAAAAACUGAGGCCCUGUCUGCUCUCAAAGAGAAGGAUGAGGCCGUUCGAAACCUUCAAACAUCGCACCAGACCGCCAUGGCUGAGGCUCACUCUGUCCUAGAGCAGAAGGAAGAGAGCCUGAAAACCCUUCAGGUAGCAUUGAAAGCUGCCCAGGACGACGCCCAGUCUGUUCUCAAACAGAAGGAAGAGGCCAUCAAGAAUCUUGAAGCUGCACUACAGAGUAUGGAGACUGAGACUCAGACUCUCCUUCAACGGAAAGAAAACGUCAUCCAGGACCUUGAGACGUCCCUGAAGAACGCGAAGGCGGAUGCUCAGUCCGCCCUGGAACAAAACGAAGAGACAAUCCGGAAUCUCGAGUCCUCGCUCGAAAGUGCCAAGACUGAAAGUCAAUCUGUUGCUGAGAAGAAGGAAGAGGCCAUUCAGAAUAUGCAGACGUUACUAGAAAGUGUCAAGGCUGAAGCUCAGUCAGUUCUUGAAGAGAAAGAAAAGGCCAUCAAGAACCUUGAAACCCGGCUGCUCGAGAGGUCCCGCACUGAAGCUCAGUCUGCCCAAGAGCAGAAGGAGGAGGCCAUCCGGAACCUGGAGGCAGCACUUGAGACUUCAAAGGCUGAGAUUCAGUCUGUCCUGGAGAAGAAGCAAGAGGCCGUCCAGGAACUUCAAGCCAGCUUGGAAAAUGUCAGGGCUGAUGCUCAGUCUGCUCUUAAGGAGAAGGAAGAUGCCAUACAGAACAUGCAAGCCCUCCUCCAGAGUUCUAAGACUGAAUCUCAUUCUACCCUCGAACAGAAAGAAGAGGCCAUCCGAAACCUUGAGGCCUCACUGCAGAGUGCCAAGGCCGAGAUUCAGUCUAUCCUGGAGACGAAGGAAGAAACUGUUCAAAGCCUAGAGACUUCUCUGAAGAGUGCGAAGGCAGAUGCUCAAUCUGCCAUGGACCAGAAGGAUGAGCAAAUCGGACAGCUGCAGGCCUCUCUGGAAAGUGCUAAGACUGAGGCUCAGUCGAACCUAGAAGCGAAAGAAGAGACCAUUCAAAACCUCCAGGCCUUGCUAGAGAGUGCGAAGACCGAGGCUCGAUCUGUCCUCGAAGAGAAAGAAGAAACCAUCAAGAACCUUCAGACAACCCUGAAGGGUGCCCAAGAUGACGCUCAAUCUAUCGCUGAGCAGAAGGAAGAGACCAUCCGUGGUCUCCAGGCAUCCCUAGAAAGCGCCAAGGCCGAAACCCAGUCUUUGGUCGAAAAGAACGAGGAGACCAUACAGAACCUUGAGCUUUCACUGAAGAACGCCAAGGUAGAUGCUCAAUCUGCCCUCGACAAGAAAGAAGAGACUAUACAAAACCUGCAGACCUCUUUGGAAAAGGCCAAGUCUGAGGCUCAAUCUGAGCGCGUGAUGAAGGACGAGACUGUUCAAAAACUGGAGACCUCACUAGGAAGUGCCAAGGCUGAGGUUCAGACUAUUCUAAAGGAGAAAGAAGAUGCCAUCCAGAGCAUUCAGGCCUUGCUUGAGAGUUCUAAGGCUGAGAUGCAGUCUGCCGUCGAACAGAAAGAGGAGACCAUUCGCAGCCUCGAGACUUCCCUUGCGAGUGCUAAGGCCGAUGCUCAAGCUGUUAUCGAUCAGAAAGAAGACGCCAUCCAGAGUCUCCAAAACUCGCUGAAGAGUGCCCAGCUUAAAGCCCAGUCUGACCUGGAUGAGAAGGAAGAGACCCUCCAAGACCUUAAGUCUUCACUGGAUACUGUGAAGGCCGAAGUUCAGACUAUCGUGGAGCAGAAAGAGGAGGAACUCCAGAUCCUCCAGACAUCACUAGAGAGCGUCAAGUCCGAGCUGAAAACGGUGCGCGCCGAGUCUGAGCGCCUGGCGCAGUCGCUGCGGACGGAGGUGGAGGAGGCGCGGUCUCAGAUGGAGCGGGCGCAGAGCGAGCAGCGCACUCAGCACCUGCAGCUGCAGCGCCUGCGGCUGGAGAACCGUCAGCUGGCCGAGCAGCGAGACGGCGCCGACCGGCAGGCCGCCGAGCGGCUGCGCGCAGACCUCGAGGACCAGAUCAAGGCCGAGUGCCAGGAGACGUUCAACACCGUCUUCCGCAAGACGCGCGACGAGAUGACGGCCAAGGCGGCGUCCGAUCUGAAGCGCCAGGCGGCCACCUACGACCGCGAGGUCAGCCGUCUGUCAAGCGAGAAUCGCGCGCUCCUCGACAAGAUCAAGCAGCUGAGUGGCGUGUCGGACCAGGCUCGCUCCGGGUACGAGAGCCGUAUCACGCAGCUGGAGCAGGCGCUGCGGCGCUCCGAGUCGGAACGGAAGACGCUGGACGCGCAGCUGGCCCUGGCCGACCGCCGGCUGCGCGACAUGGACCGACGCGGCUCGACGGCCGGCAGUCCGCGCCCGCGCUCCGAGGCGGCGCGCCCGCGCAGCGCGCUGGUGGCCUCCACGUCUGAGGUGCUGCGCCCGACACACGAGGGUAUGCCGCCGCCGGACCGGCUGCCCAAGAGCGUCAGUCACGGGGAGGUGUACGCGCGGCCGUCGCUGCCGCCGGGCGCCGGCGCGCUGUUCCCCUGCAAUGACGAGGAGCCCGAGAUCUUCAGCUCGUCCUACCUCGGCGUGCAGGAAGGACGCUGCGAGGUCGACUACCUGGGUCGGAUGAGCGAGCUGCAGCGGCGCAACUCGCUGAUGCCGCCCCACCUGCGCUCGUGCUACGCGCCGGAGAUCAAUGUGCUUGGCCAGGCCUCGGCCACCAUGUCGGAGAAUGAACUACGGAACGGUGACGACAUCUCGCGCCUGAGCGCGCGCACGCGCCGCGUCACUCUGGACUCGCCGGCGGCCAACACGCGCUCGGCCAAACGCAAGUCGGCCGAGAGCGCUGCCGACGUGCUCUCUGACAGCCUGGACAGCAACUCGAGCACGUGCAGCAUCAACAGCAAGCGCCGCCGGCGUGAUCAGCUGCAGACGUCGUACGCGCGCCCGAGGCGCGGCAACCUGACCCCGGCCAAAAACAUCAAGCCGGCCGACGACGACAGCUUGAGCAGCACGCGCGCCAGCUUGACCAGCCAGGAGCUGCCGGUGGACGUGCCGCCGGCCGCCGAGCCGCCCACGCCGCUGCUGGAUGUCGGUCAGCAGCGCAAAAAGGCCAAGACGCCCUCGUUUAAAAAGCUCUUCCGGUCGGCACGAGCAACUAAAGAGAACCACAGAGCCUCAGAUAGGUCCAUCGACGGCUCCUACACGUCCAUAGGCAGCACGUCGUCGCUGCACGCUUUCAACACGUCCAACGUGUCGCAGAAGGCUGCCAGAUCGCGCAGCGUCAAAAAUCCCUUCAACUCGUCGCGGAUGUAUAACGUGCAGAACAAGCUACUGCCAAGGAAAUGAGACCAGCAGCUUCAUAAUCAUCGUCAAUCGUCAUUAGUCUUCCGCGGAGCUUUUAGUCACCGUUUUAACUUGUAUAGUCACGCCGUAACUUGUAUAGUACCGUAUUUUACUUUGAAAUAAAUGCAUGCUUAGUC